UUCGCUUAGACUUCAGCAGUUCCAAAAGCAGUAGACCCAAUUCCAGGGCAUGCAUGGCCCGAGGAAUAAGAGAGAAAGAAGUUAAAUUCAGGACAUGAAGGCUCUCGCACGGUGAAUCGGCAGCAAGCAAACGGCAUGUUGGUCAAACAAAAUAAUGGAACUUGGAAGUGGAUAAGGAGAGGGAUCGAUAGCUGUUGCCAAAUAAUGCAUGCAAAGUUUAGAUUAUCGUUCAAGCAAUCGUUCCCACGCAUGGCUUGACUGAGUCUUCCAUUCUGAACGCAUCCCGCAUACCAGUACAGAUUCAUUCUCUUGCAGAUAUGGGCGCGCGUGGCAGUUCUGAUCAAAGUCGGACGAUCAUCUCUAAUGUUUAUUGUUAAGAUAUUCGUGCACCAUCAGAGAGCUUGUCUCUGAUCCCUUGUCACGAUGAGUCAUCGUAUCAGCAGCGACGUUGGGGCACAGGAAGCCGACAUAACAAACAGAGCUUCAUCGCAAUUCCAUUCAGAGGCACCGUAUAUUCACAAAGUGGGCAUCCCUCCAAAGCAGAGCCUUCUGCAGGAAUUCACAGCCACAGUGAAGGAGACUUUCUUUGCAGAUGACCCGCUUCGUCAGUUUAAAGAUCAACCACAGUCAAGGAAGUUCCUUAUUGGCAUCCAGAGUGUUUUUCCCAUUCUCGAAUGGGGAAGGCACUACAACCUGACUAAGUUUAGGGGCGAUCUGAUUGCUGGACUUACCAUAGCUAGCCUUUGCAUUCCCCAGGAUAUUGGGUAUUCAAAGCUUGCAAAUUUGCCUCCACAAUAUGGACUAUAUAGCAGCUUUGUUCCCCCUCUUAUAUAUGCCUUCAUGGGGAGCUCGAGAGAUAUUGCCAUAGGGCCAGUAGCUGUUGUUUCUCUUCUGCUUGGGACUCUUCUUCAGAACGAGAUUGAUCCGGCUAAAAAUCCCGAUGAGUACAGACGCCUGGCAUUCACAGCGACAUUCUUUGCUGGGAUCACUGAGGUCAUGCUCGGGUUCUUCAGACUGGGUUUCUUGAUCGAUUUCCUUUCUCACGCUGCGGUUGUUGGCUUUAUGGGCGGUGCUGCCAUCACCAUUGCUCUUCAACAGCUCAAGGGUCUGCUGGGCAUAACAAUAUUCACAAAGAAGACCGACAUAGUGUCUGUGAUGCGAUCAGUUUGGGGUACAGUGGAUCAUGGGUGGAAUUGGCAGACAAUAGUGAUCGGAGUGACAUUCUUGGCCUUCCUUCUGCUCACCAAAUACAUAGGUAAAAAGAACAGGAAACUAUUUUGGAUAGCUGCAAUUGCCCCUCUGAUCUCCGUUAUCGUGUCCACUUUUUUUGUGUAUAUUACUCGCGCUGACAAGCAUCAUGUUGCAAUAGUGGGUAAAAUGAAAAAGGGUGUGAAUCCAUCUUCGGUGAAUGAAAUCUUUUUCACCGGCACUUAUCUUGCCAAAGGCUUCAAGAUUGGCGUUAUUGCAGGCAUGAUUGCUUUGACGGAAGCCGUUGCAAUUGGGAGGACAUUUGCUACCAUGAAGGACUAUCAGAUAGAUGGUAAUAAGGAAAUGAUAGCACUAGGCACAAUGAAUGUGGUUGGUUCGAUGACAUCCUGUUACAUCGCUACGGGAUCUUUCUCUCGUUCUGCUGUUAAUUACAUGGCUGGUUGCCAAACAGCAGUCUCUAACAUUGUCAUGUCCUGUGUGGUGUUGUUAACCCUGGAACUCAUCACACCAUUAUUCAAGUAUACUCCAAAUGCAAUUCUUGCAUCAAUUAUUAUAUCUGCGGUGGUUGGCCUAAUUGACAUUGAAGCGGCAAUACUGAUUUGGAAAAUUGACAAGUUGGAUUUUGUUGCUUGCAUGGGAGCCUUCUUUGGGGUGGUUUUCGUCUCUGUUGAGAUAGGCCUCUUAAUUGCGGUUUCAAUUUCAUUUGCCAAAAUACUCUUACAAGUAACAAGACCUCGGACAGCCAUUCUUGGUAAGCUGCCGAGGACGACUGUUUACAGGAAUAUAUUGCAAUAUCCGGAAGCAACAAAGGUUCCAGGAGUUCUGAUUGUCAGAGUUGAUUCAGCCAUCUAUUUUUCGAAUUCAAACUAUAUCCGUGAAAGGGUAUUGAGAUGGCUUGGCGAUGAAGAGGAAUAUCUGAAGGAGAAUAAUCAACCAAGAAUCCAGUACUUGAUCGUGGAAAUGUCUCCCGUUACAGACAUUGAUACUAGUGGCAUACAUGCCCUUGACGAGUUGCACAAAAGCCUCACAAAGAGGGAUAUUCAGCUUGUUCUUGCAAAUCCAGGGCCGGUGGUGAUGGACAAACUUCAUGCGUCCAAGUUCACCGACGUGAUUGGGGAGGAUAAGAUCUUCCUUACCGUAUCAGACGCUAUUAUGACCUGUGCUCCCAAGAUCGAACAAGCCUAAUUGUCCCAUUUCAUGCUCCAUAAUUUCCAUAAUUGUCUUACUUGACAAUCAAGCAGAUUGGGCACUAACUGAGACUUGUCUAGACCUUGAAAUGGUGUAUAUAGACCCAUAAUGCUAGCCAAAGGUCGUGUUUGAAGUUUGUGUUCAUGAGUCAGUGAAGAAAUCAGAGCGAGUUGUGAAAUUUUCACGGUGGCAGGACAAGAAAUGGGCGUGAAUGGUGAGUGAUGACAUAAGCUUUUCUCUCUUGUGUGGUUAUUGCAAUGUCUGCACAUUUUGUCUCUAAAUUGUUUGGCGUGUUUGUGUUCUUCUUGUUGACUCCUGAACGAAGUGGGACAAAUAAAUGGAACGUGGUGUUCCACAGUUGUUUUUUCUUCUA